GGGGAGAAAGAAGGAGGAGAAAUUGUUUAAUUAGAGUGUUCAUUUCCCUCAAAACACGGUACAUUCAUGCGGUGGAGAAAGGGGAACGUGGGUUAGAGAGAGAGAGAGAGAAAACAAUGGAUAAUGGGCGCAUGCUGCUUCUGUGACUUCAGUACACAGAUUCCUUUAUCUGGUGUAGGUGGGCAUGAAGGGGUCGGAACUGAAUACUGUUUUGUUAGCGAAAUAAAAGGAAUCCUUGUGGUGGGGAUGUUAUAUGUAGAACGUCGCAGGCCAUAUGAUCGGCAGUCAGAAAAAGGCGCUGGGUUGAUGCUGACACGGAAGAACCGAGAGACGGAGAGACUUGAUUUCUAGCUGUUGGCGUUCCUUCCAGACUUCGAGGGGAGAUGAACUGGCAGGGCUUCUAUGCGGUUCUGAUCGGGGUGAACAGGCACUCCACUGGCAUCGGCAGGAUCUGGCUCUCUGUGCUGUUCAUCUUCAGGAUCAUGGUGCUGGUGGUGGCUGCGGAAAGCGUCUGGGGAGACGAGAAGACGGGCUUCACGUGCAACACCCAACAGCCGGGCUGCAACAGUGUCUGCUACGACCAGUUCUUCCCCAUCUCCCACGUCAGGCUGUGGUCCCUGCAGCUGAUCAUGGUGUCCACGCCCGCCCUACUGGUGGCCAUGCAUGUGGCUCACAAACACCAUGUGGACAAGAAGCUCUUUCGGCUCAAGCAGCUGUCGGGUCAGUCUGUGGGCGAGAAGGACAUCGAGCACUUGGCGAGGAGGAAGGUGCACAUCACAGGCUCCUUGUGGUGGACGUACGUGAUCAGCGUGAUCUUCAGGGUCAUCUUCGAGGCGGCGUUCCUCUACAUAUUCUAUCUCAUCUACCCCGGCUUCAGGAUGAUCCGCUUGGUCAAGUGCGACGCUCCGCCGUGCCCCAACACCGUGGACUGCUUCGUGUCCAGACCCACCGAGAAGACCAUCUUCACCAUCUUCAUGCUGGUGGUGUCCGGUGUUUGUGUGCUGCUCAACAUCGCCGAGGCGGGCUACCUGAUCUUCAAGGCUUGUCUGAGACAGUUUCAGAAAGACGAGCCUCGGCCGGGCAAAAGUACCUUUUACGGACGCUGAUGCUCCAAUGAAGUGCUCGGGGGGAGCUUGCUGCAUUAUCGAAGAUGCCUGAAGACUCCUCCAAAGCUGCAGGAUUGAUGGUGAUGGGAACGCCAGGAUUCACAAAGGCAGCUCAGCAUUGCCCCUCACCAACUCCAGACUCACCUCCCAACCACUCCCAGGGCCUCUUGUCAACAUCACAAGGGUUUCUUCUGUGAGACGCUUGAA